AUGGCCUACUUCCAGGUCCAGCUUGCAGACAUCAAACGAGUUUGGGCUCUUCGUCAAGCUCUUUGCGUGUUUGACUUUGAGCAUGAAGAUUCAUCUCCUCUAAAGACGUUACUCAUUGGUUGUGUCAUCCAGCCACAGUAUCUAAGAUCAGAAGAGGGUGUGCGUUUUCUAGCAUUUCUAUUCGGUCUUCACCCAGCACUAGUCGCUGACCUACACAUUCAGAUUAAGCAAAGCAUGCCUGGCUGUUCAAAGGAUGACAUUCUGUCAUACGGAGAAGUCUACUUUCGAGCUUGGAAAAUGGCGACUGACAUAUACUUAGAGAGAAUUGAGUAUGGAUGUAUACAGGAUUUGAUGCAUGCAGCAGUUCAUGCUCAGCGGACGGGAGUGUUUAGCAUGGCUGCGAGGCUGAGGAUGCUUCUCAGUCCUUUCCACCAUCACAAGCAGCCUAAAACAGAUGAAGCACUAUGUCGACUGUAUGAGCCUAUAUUAUGGAGGGCAGUUACGGUUUCCAGUCCACACGUGAGAGCUAAUGCAGCCACACUUCUUUGCGACGCAUUUCCACUGCAGAAUCCCAAUGCCAACAUUGAGGAGACAGACGCGUUACUCAACAAACAAUUGGACUGUCUUGAUAGGCUGCUGUAUGACUCGUGCCCUCUCAUCAGGGGUAUUACCGUUGUGGGAGUGUGUCGCAUUCUGCAGAUCUUCUGGGAGAUGAUACCAGUAAAGGCAGUCAAUGGUUUUUUAGACAAGAUUAAAUCUCUUGCUUGCGAUUCUGCAUCGGGGUCGGUCAGAGCAUCAGUUUUUCGUGGCUUUUCUCUUCUUGUGAAGAACCGACUGACACACAGUGUGUUGGGAAAUCUCCUCCCCAAACUUCAUUGUCACAUUCACGAUUCGUCACAGUCUGUGAGAAUCGCGUUUCUUGACUUUCUUGUUGUCUUGAAAGGAUUGGGAACGAUCAACUUUUGGUCUGUUGUCCCAACCAAUCAUCUUCUCUAUCGUUUGGAAUGUGACGGUCCGCCGGUGACGCGUCGCAUUAUGAAGCUGCUAGCCCCGCACCUUCUGCCUCCCAACAAAACACCAGAAGAUCAGAUCAAUCGUUGUAUAGCUUUACUGCAAGAGAAUCGUCGAGCAGCAAGGGUUUUCUUUGCUCUGGCAGCAGGACAGAUGACAGUGGCAGCUACGAGUCGGUUUCUUCAGGUUGUUUGCAAGUCUCUUUUGCAUUUGUUGGGCGAGUCUGAUGAUGGCGUAGACUUGGGGGAAGACGGUACUGUAGAGACGGAGGAGACAGUGGUGGGACUCUUGGAGGUGAUGGCUGUAAUGUGGACAGUGGUGUCGCCCAAACUAAACAAAGGCACUCGUUCUGUGACAAAAAGUCAUCUUGUGGAACUAUUUUCGAAGUCUAUACAAGUGUUUCUCGACAAUUUCAAGAGUGGAGAUGCUCGGAAAGCCAUUCUUGUGAUGGCUAGCCAUUUGCCUCUUGAUGCAGUGGAAGCUAUCAGUGACGGAUGUUUGCAUGUGCUUGGUGACAUGACGAGUGAUGCAGGUGUGUCUGACUAUGGACCAGUUGUUGAGUGCUUGACAUCAUGGGGUCAUACCAAAGAUGUACUGGAUCUUGCAAACUCGUGGUUGCGAGCACUAUUGAAUGGAGAAAAAUCUAGCAGCGUGAGACACAAGCAGACUUCCAGGUCUCUCACUAAAAAGUCAAAAGAUGGAGAAGAAAAUAGAGUACCAAAUAGUGGAAAGAAAACCGAAGACAUCGUGGUGGAAAGAGCUGAAUUGGCUAUUCAGCUUGUGACUUGGAUGAUGAAACAUCACCGUUUGAAAACGUUUGCCCUGGAUGAACGGACAAGCCUUGUUGCCAUCAACAACUCUCUCAAAGCGUGUCUAGACGAAUGUGAGUCAAGACUGGUUGGACGUCAUUCUAUGAUGAAAAUGUCGGAUGGUUACUUGGUUGAUGCCGUGGCUUUGUAUGCCAAGUUGAGUGUUUGCUUGAUUCAAAGGGACGAUGUGACGUUGAGCGAAGAGGAAGACAGUGACAGAGACUCUGCACUCACUAACAUCGCGGGUCUUUUUUCGUGGGCAGAAAGAGUCACAUUACCACAACUUCAUACAACCGAGCAAUUGCAAGAAUGUUCCGAGACUGUGUCUGCUGGUGUGAAGAGUGGUAGAAAGCGGAAGCUGUUUACGAAGGGUACACAUAGUGGCACACUGGAUGAUGGAGUCAGUGAUUUGACCAGCGAUGGUGGAGAGAGGGCAAUAGAUAGACUAGCUGGAGACUUGACAGAGGUGGUGUUGAUGGUCGGGAUUGAUGUCGUUACUACUGGUUUCGAUACUCAUCGGUUUCGGCAAGAAAUCACUGGCUUUUCGUCAAAAGUAGUUCAAACACGUUCUGGUGGUUAUUUAAUGCCACAUUUAUGUAGGCUUCUCUACCAAUUAAGUCAACGUCCAAUUGCUGACGAGGAGAACAGUGUGCCACCACCAAAUGGUGACAUGUAUUAUGACGACCCAGUCUCAAUCAUUCUCCAAAACUUGCUUAAGUUAAUGACUCAAGUGAUCAACCAAGAGCGUAGGAACAUGUUGAAGGUGUUUUCAACUGUUAAGCCAGCCAUCAUUGAGUGUCUUGUUGCUUCACAUCGGCAUUACAUGAUUUCAGUGUAUCCCUCCCUUCUCUCUCUUUCACCAAUGGCGACCGUCAUGAUGGCAGUUGUGGCCGACAUUUCACAGAGUCUCAGCGAAGAGACAAUGGAUCAGCUUCCCAAAUCAAUUGAGGAUUUACCGCCUUUGGCUGUCUUUCUUCUCGGUGCAGUAAAUCACAUUACGAGAUUGAGAGAGUUUUUUCUUAUGCAGUUACUUCAUGCCAUCGGCGAAGAGGCGUUUCAGACUGUUGGUCAUCUUGUAGCAAUUCUCAAUAUUCUUUCUGUUCUGUCACGUGCUUCAUCAACUCGAUCAAGUUUGCUGGAGGUAGUUGAAGCUGUUGGGAAGCAGCUGGCGUGUGACAAGUUUAGAGGACACAUGAGAGCUGACCAAGCUGCUCAACUGUUCAAGUCAUUGAAAACGCAACUCAGUUGAACAACCCACAACUCAGCCGCCUGACGGACUUUUUAAGCCAUCUUUGCUUCUAUAACUCAUACACACAAUUUCGAUUUAAAUUUGCACUAAUAUUGUGUUCAUUAAUUCAAUAAAAAUCGAUAAUUUUAGUUCUUCUGUCA